AUGCCUAGUGAAGGUUCAAGAAAGGAUCCGGCAUGGAAUUACUCACAUUUGGAGAAUCCGAAAGAUACAAAUGCUGUCACUUGUAACUUCUGUGCAAAAGUUACAAAAGGAGGUAUUUAUCGGGCUAAGCAACACUUAGCUGGAGGAUAUAGAAAUGUGAGUGCAUGCACAAGAUGCCCAUCUGGUGUUAGAGAAGAAAUCAAAGAGUACAUGAGUAAGAAAAAGGAAGAAAAAGAACAAAUGAAUUUGUUACCUAGUGAUGAGAUUAAUUUCAUUGAUGGAGAGGAUGAGGAUGAUGUCAUGAAAGUUAGCAAUCGGGGAAAAAGGGUAGCUAGUGCAGGCAGUGCUAGAGUCAAUUCCUCAAAGAUGCAAAAGCAAAAGGGACCGAUUGAUUUAUAUUUCACUCCCAGACUGGAAAUUGUGGUACAAAAAAGAAAGGAGGGGGGAAAACAAACAGCCAUUAAUGAUGCAUGCAAGAAAGAGUUGAGAGGAAGAGCGUGUGCUGCUUUUGCAAGGUGGAUGUAUGAUGCAGGAAUUGCAUUCAAUGCUGUUAAGUAUGAUAGCUUUGCCGAGGUUGUUGAAGCAAUUGGACAAUAUGGUCCUGGCAUGAAACCACCUAGUUAUCAUGAGGUGAGAGUUCCUUUGCUUAGGAAGGAAUUGGAUAAUACCAAUGCUUUGAUGAAUGACCAUAGGGAGGAGUGGUCAAAAUUUGGAUGCUCAUUAAUGGCAGAUGGGUGGACAGACAAGAGAGGGAGAACAUUGCUUAAUUUCCUAGUAAAUAGUCCAAGGGGAACCAUGUUUAUUGAGUCGAUAGAUACUUCUUCUUUUUCAAAGGAUGGUGACAAGAUGUUUAACUUACUUAAUAAAUUUGUGAACCGCAUUGGAGUAGCAAAUGUCAUCCAAGUCGUCACAGAUAGUGAGUCAAGCAAUAAGUAUGCCGGGAGAAUGUUAGAGAAAGAACACCCACAUUUGUAUUGGACCCCAUGUGCUGCUCAUUGCUUAGACUUGAUGUUGGAAGACAUUGGGAAAAUACCGUCCAUCUCUAGAACAAUGCAAAGGGCAGUGGAGUUGAAUAGUUAUAUUUAUAUACGACCAAAGUUGUUGAACAUUAUGAGGAACUUUACUCACAAAAAGGAGUUGCUUAGGCCUGCUAAGACUCGAUUUGCUACAUGUUUCAUCACAUUAUCAAGUAUUCACAAGCAAAAGAAUAACUUGAGAAAGAUGUUUACUUCAGAAGAAUGGAAUCGUAGUAAAUGGGCGAAAGAGGAAGCCGGUAAAAGAGUUGCUUCUUAUAUUUUGAUGCCUUCCUUUUGGAACAACAUUGUCUUUAGCCUUAAGGUUUCCGGUCCUCUUAUUCCGGUUUUGAGAUUAGUUGAUGGCGAGAGAAAGCCUCCCAUGGGAUACAUUUAUGCGGCUAUGGAUAAGGCUAAAGAAGCCAUUGCAAAAUCAUUUGGGGGAGUAGAAGAUAAAUACUCAGAUAUUUUUGAAAUAAUUGAUAAGAGGUGGAAUGUUCAACUUCAUCGCCCUUUGCAUGCAGCAGGUUAUUAUUUGAACCCAGAAUACUUUUAUUCAAAUUCGAAAAUUGAAGAAGAUGAAGAGAUUGCAAAGGGUUUGUAUGCAUGCAUUGCAAGGUUAGUCCUGGAUGUCAAAGACCAAGACAAAAUUACUGAGGAGCUGUCCUUAUAUUCUAAAGCUGAGGACCUCUUUGGUAAUCCCUUUGCUAUUAGACAGAGAAGUACACGAGGACCAGCUAAUUGGUGGGAAGCUUAUGGCAAGUCAACAAAACUUCUCCAAAAGUUUGCUAUAAAGGUUUUAAGCCUUACUUGUAGCUCUUCUGGUUGUGAACGAAAUUGGAGCGUGUUUGAGCAUCUUCAUAACAAGAAAAGAAAUAGGCUCGCUCAAACAACGUUGAAUGAUUUAGUGUUCAUCAAAUAUAAUAGAGCAUUGAGGCGUCGAUAUAAUAUGCGUGACACUCUUGAUCCCAUUUUACUCGAUGACAUUGAUGAGAGCAACGAGUGGUUGACGGGGAGGAUGGAUGAUUCUGAUGCAGAACAUGAUCUAGUCUAUGAAAAUGAUUCCUUGACAUGGGGUGAUGUUGCUAAUUUUGCUGGUAUUGGAGAGGCAAGCAGGCCGCAACGGUCUACUAGAUCAAAAUCUAGUUCUAGUUCACGGUUACCAACAAAGGGAGCAGGAAGUUCUUCAGUUCGACUUGUGGAUGAGGAUGAGGAUGAUUCAGAUGAGAUAGAAGAGGAUCCUGAGAAUUAUGAAUCAUUUAGUGACGAUCAAAAUGAUGUUAUACUUAUUGAUGACGAGGAUGAUAUUUAGAUUCAUUGGUGUUGUCUUCUUAGGAAGAAUGAUGUUUAUGUUUGUUUUAGUUUUAUCUUAUACUUCUCCUUA